AUGCGGUAUUGCAUCGCUGUUAAAUAUCGUAAAACGGAAAAAGAUCCGAUGAAAGAAACUGGAACAAAAGAUAUUGAUAUUCGUUUAUUGUUAAAACCAAAGAAUACUGUACAUAGCCAGCAUAUUGACAACAAUUAUUUUCAGUCGGAGGAAGUUGAUCUUUUCAGACUGUGGUCGAACUAUUUAUGUCCGAAUGAAAAUAGCGAAUUUCGAGCUUCUGACCACGAAGAACUCGAUAGUUGUUUUAAUACAAUAAUUGACCGACCAUUAGAUGAACUACUGUUAUUGAAAAAUGUUCUAGAAUCUAAAUCACUCAAACCAUAUAUUUUGGAUAGUUUAAAGCGAUAUCAUGCGCUUUAUGAUAUCCUGGACGUUUUUUCAGCCUGUUCACUUGUCGAUGAUUUUAAUAAACUCAAAACUUUGCAAAAAAAAAUCAUUGAACAAUUUCUUACAAUUGCCGAAACUGUGACAUCCCGAAUAUUGUUGGUUUCAACAAUUGAAUCAAUGUCUGAAGAAAGUCAACGUUAUUUAGGUAAUUUUAUUCAACGCAAUGAUUUGCCAUUACCUUUGUCGUAUUAUACCUUUGACUCAACAAAGCAAACUAUACAAUACAAAAUUAAUUUCAAUUUAUUAUUAGAAACGAUGUGUUUAACACAUAAUCGAUUCGUUUUACAAUUGGGCAGUUCAUCAGCUACUGGAUGUGGUAAAACAAGUUUACUACAAUAUCUCUUUAAUAUACGUGUUAAAUCACUAAAUACAAACGGGAAUUUAAGUUUUCGAACCGGUUGUAUUGACACAUUAUUUGCUAAAAUGAAUUAUAAUGAAAAUUCUCCUGUUCAGUCUGAACGUUCAAGCAACAUCAGCACAAGAAUGUCAAGUGAAAAUUCCUACUUUAUCUUUGAUGUGCAUGGAACCAUGAAUUGUGCAGUCAAUGAAGAGAUAAUAACCGUAAUUCAACAAUAUUCUUCAUUCCAGAUCCUUUAUGUAACGGAAGAUGAUUUGAAUGAUCACCAAUUUUUGCCACUUGUGAUGAACUAUUCAAAAACUACUCAAGCAAAGCCAACAAUUAUUGUCAUAUUUGACAAAAAAUUUGAUGAUAAAAGUACUUCAUCAGAUACAAUUAUCAAAAGAUUCAAACAACUUUAUGCAGCAGAAAAGUGGAAACAUGUAUUUUGGUUAACUGUACCUAUUUUUCACGCUGCUAUUGCAUCCGUUGCAAUAAAUAAAGAAAAUAUUCUUUCGAGAUGGUCAAAACGAAUACGUAAAUCCCUAUCUGACAUAAUGUUGACAUUACAACCUAUAAUACAUCAACAACCAGUAUGUCGUUCAAUAUUUGCUGUUCAAAAUUAUUUUCUACGUAUUAAACUAAAAUUAUUUGAAUAUCCGUCAGUUGUAACAUUUCCAAUCGAAACAAAAUCAAAAACAUUGUUUGAUCACCUUGAUGAUAACACACAAAAUUUAUUAUUAACAACACCGGUCAGUUAUUUGCAAUCAACGAUUAAAACUUGUCAACGAAAGCUAGACGAAAAAUUUGAUGAAUCAAUUAAACGGAAAAAAGAUUGGUGUGAUCAAAAGCUACGUGAUAUUCACUCUAUAUCCGAAUACAGCCAAUUUUUCAUUGACUUGUUAACACAUUACACAUACAUUGAAUUACUAAUGACAGAAAGAUAUUUGGAGCAAUGGCGUUCAAAAUAUGUAACAGGUCUAAAUGAUGAAAUUACGGAAACGAAAAAUCAUGCAACGCAGUAUCAGGAUGAAAUAAAAAACAUAGAAAAAAAAAAUUCGGUAUAUCAAAAUCCAGCUGUCAAUCAAGCUGAAGCAGAAAAUUGUACGAAUCAGUUACGGUUACUACAAAAAGGUUUUAAAGAUUGCACCAGGAAACUUCAGCAGCUUGAAGAAAAACUAACAAAUGUUGACUUAACGAUUGGUCUUUAUUGUGAUGAAAUAUUAGCUCUUUAUGACUAUCCACCAGCAUUACUAAGUCAAUCAACAAAUUUAAUUCAUAAUUUAACAAAAGCAAUGGUGCACCUAAUGUAUAAAGGUUACGCAUUUCACAUUCUUCGAGGACGACCAUUACAUUGCAAGAAUGAAUUGCUAAAUUUGUGCAUGAAGUAUCUGCAGCGACAAAACAGAUCACCAUAUGUGAUAACGGUUAUUGGAGAACAAUCAUCGGCGAAAUCGUCGUUGUUGAAUUCAACGUUUGGUUGCAAUUUUCGUGUUAGCGCCGGACGAUGUACUAUCGGUAUAUACCUAAGUGUCGUACAAUGGAAAUCGGAAACAAUUAUCAUACUUGAUACCGAAGGUCUGUUAUCAUUAGAAGAAGCUGAUUCAAUAUUUGAUAAUCAAAUGGUGUCAAUGGCUAUGUUAUCAUCACAUAUGGUUUUGAUUAAUCAAAGAGGAGAUGUACUUGCUAAUUUGCAAGCACUGAUCGGCAUCAGUUUUUAUGCAAAAUUACAAAUCGGUUCGGCGGAUAUUAAGCCCAAACUAAUGUUUGUUUUACGGGACCAAAAGGACUUUGAAAAUAAACAAAUAUUUUAUUCACAAUUGGCGAAGUUGAAAGAAAAUUUAUAUCGCAGUGCAAAAUUUUUAAAAAGUUCAAUUGAUGAAGAACUUGAUAUAAAAGCAAAUCAUGUCCUUUUAAUGCCAGAUGCUUUCGCUAAUGAUGUGACUUACGGUAUCACGCUAUCAUGGAGAAAUCAACUAUUUCCAGAGAAAAUAUUUAGCUUAAGAAAUAUUAUUGCCGAAAGUUUAUUUACUACAAAAACAUCGAAGCCACCUUAUGCCAACAUGGAGCACUUUUACUCCAGUAUAUCGAGCAAUUGGGACGCUAUUGAUAAUUUAGGACAAAAUUUACUAGAUUGUAAAUCAUUACACGAUAUUUCAAUCAAAAAAGAAUUACAAGAUAUUGCAUCGGAAAUCAUUGAUAAAAAAAAUGAUGAAUUAAUUAACGAUAGCGAAGAACAAAUUACUGAAAUUUUGGCUAAUGUAACUAACGAUUCAGCUGUAACAACUUUAUUUGAAACAUAUAAUAAACACUUCACAAAUGAACUAAAUGAUAAUUGUAAUCACAAGGUACAAGAAGCAAUUGUCGACUUUAAAAAUAGAACAGAACUAUCGUGUUAUUCACCUGAUAUCAAAGAGAAAAUAGAAAAAAUAAUUGAACCCACAAUAAUGUUUACAAGAGAUUUUGUGCAGCGCGGAUUCGAAGAUAAGUUACAUGAAGUAGCAAAGAAACAACUAAUUCCAGUAGCACAAGAUAAACUUAUUCGGGAAGCUCAAAAAGCAUUUGAUGAAAAUCAUGAAAAUAUUUCUCAAUUACUGAAUAAAUUAGAGAUCGCUUAUAAAAAUAUUAAAACUGACUGUCAAAAUCAUUUGAAAUCGUUCGAAGAGCCACCUGAGAAUAUAACAAAGAAAAUAAUUAAGUAUUAUACCACAAUAGUUAAAAGUGAAAGUAAUAGGCACAGUCAUUUGAAAAGCAGUAUAUAUACACGUUUAUCGCCUCUGUCGGUUGACAAGUAUAAUACUGGAUGUUCGAAGUUCAACUCACAUUGGACAGAAAUUAAUAAUUCUUUUGUCAGGCCAUCAACAUCUGACAUUAGAAAUCGUCGUACAGCUACGCAAAAAGUAACUGGGUUUUUUACAAAAUCAAACAAUCAAGAUGAAUUGUGGUUACAGUUAAUAAAUACAGUCAGUUGGUUUAAAAAGUUUAAAGAUAAAGAUAAAGAUCAAAAGAAUUUAAGACGGAUCUUAUCGUCUAUAUGGAAUGAAAUCUUACCUGAACUCCAACAUAAAGUAUGUUUGUUAAUCAAAGACGAUAAUUACUCCUCAUUCGACCAACAAAACGUCAGAGCAUUGUUGAAUUACAUAGAAAAUGCUAACGAUUCAAAGGUACUAAGAGAUCAUGCAGAAUAUAUAAAUUUCCAUUCAUUAUUAGACGAUUUUGCUAUAAUUUCAUUGAAAUUAUUAAUCGAGGAAGCAAUUAAAGCUGAAAAACGAAAAAACGCAGAGCAGUUAAAGCAGACUCUUACUGAAAUAGAAUCGUGGAAGAAAAAUCUUACACACCAGUAUGAAUGUAUUAAAAGUUCAAAUGACCAAGGUAAACAUUUGGCAGGAAUUGUCGGAUGUGCACAUUUUUCUCUCAAAUAAAAAUCCAGAUUCGAUGCCAUAAACGCCACAAGUGAAAGAGAAAUGUUUUUCGGACUUUGAAAUUUUUCGUAUAUUCAGUUGUCCAGCGCCACUUUUUUUUCACGAGAAUUUUAAUGUAAAAGAAAAUGUGAUUGUGUUAAGAAGAGAAUUUUAAUACAAAAGAGAGAGAACGAAAGAAUAUGAAAAAUUGUAGAAAAAGAAUUGUUACUUUAACAUCGACAGUAUAUUGAAGAAGAGAUAUUAAUUCAUUGAUAAUUGAAACUAUUUGGACUAAUAACAAUAAGAAAACAGAAGAAACAACAAUUCCUAUCUCAUAAAUGUAUACCUUCUGCUUUUAGGUACCUGCAUCAGAAGAAAGAAAAAGUUUCUCUAUACUCAGACAUUUUUAAUACUAGCUACAGACAAGGCAUGAGUCGCGUCGCAAAAUAGCGAUAUGGUCGUGAUCGCGCUAAGAAAAAACUAUACUGAAUCCUUAAGAAUGAAAUCCAUGCAGAAUUUAGAGUCCUGCCGCGAGAUCGCGAGUGUAUAACCAUCGCGCAGUGACCAGGGAUGCCAAUUAAAAAAAACAUUAAGGGGAACAAAUUUUGGCAAAAGUGGGACGUAAGGGGACUGUUUCUUCUACAAAGGGGAACAAUAUAAAACACAUUAUUUGUGGUGCGAUGUCACUGAAAAAAUUAAAGGCACGUGAGUAUAUUCUUUUAUUCUGAUUUUCUAAUAUUACUAUGUCACCUUCACCCUCACCGUGGAAUAUAUCCCAGAGAAAGGUAGUGUUGAAGCCGACUGGGCAUAGAGAUACUUAAUUGACAGCUCCGACUGGCGUUUAGCCACGCACAUUUUUAAUCAAAUUCAACAGCAAUUUGGACCAUAUCGAUCUUUUUGCCGAUCGCCUGAAUACUCAGCUUCCAAGAUAUGUCAGCUGGAAACCAGAUCCUGAUGCAAUGGCUACGGAUGCAUUUAGCAUAGAGUCGAAAACAUUCUCUCCAUAUCCGUUUCCUCCGUUUUCCUUGGUUCUACGAACACUUAAAAAAUUAGCUGAAGAAAAAACAACCGGUAUUAUUAUCACAGCUGCAUGGCCUAGUCAACUGCUUAACCCAAUUCUUUUAUCUUUGUUAAUAGAUUACCCACAUUUUCUAACAUCAUUUCAGCCUCUUGAGGAAAACCACAUCCUUUAAUUAUCAACGGGACCUUGUCAUUAACCGCGUGAAAAAUGUAUAGAAUUUAUAUAUAUAUAGGUCCCUAAUGAGAAUUUUGUGAAAUUUGCAUCUCGUUUAAUAAAACACGUACAAGUCUGGAAGACGUCUCAUUUUGAUCAGAAUUGUACGGGCUACAACCUGGAGAGGACGAAACAGUGUUUCAAGGAGGUCUUCGCGGCGGU